AUCUCAGUCUAUUGCAAUAGGUCAAAUGUUUAUAAAUUUAAAAAUUCAAGAAGAUUUUUAUAAUAGAAAGGGGCGACGGACCGCCGGCACCAACAAAAGGAGUAAAGAGAUAAUUUUAUUUAAUUUUGAUGGCGAACAUCAUUAGUACCUUCUUAGUGCAAUAGAUAUACUGUUUACAUUAAAGAAGUCCAGAAGUUUUUGUAAUAUAAGUGAUGACAGAACGCUGGCACCGAUUGUCCUUUUUAAGAAGUACAGAAAAGGAUAAAGAUGACUCAAGAUGUGCAUAUUGAACAGCGGAAAAUUCAGAGUACAGCGCGGCAACUAAUUAAACACGAAUGAAACAAUUGCUAGUUAAAAAAUGAACGCUACAAGCCCAACUGUUAGGUUUUCUAGUAGGUCUUUCUAGUCUUCUGCUGUACUGAUGAGCACGUACAGCGCGGCGCUUAUAUAUCGAUGCCAGGAUCAGAAUACCAGCCAAAAUGCAGUUGCAAAUUCUAAUCCUGCGCUCGUCCUAACAUCGACGCAAAAAGAAUCGUCGACCGCUUAGCCUUCUUGUUGCUGUGCGCGGUGGAGGCAGAGAGUAUUAGAGGUAGCCAGUGAAACAAUGACGUACAGACGUGCAAAUAGCCAAAACCCACCGAGACGGCAAGGCAAUUUCGAAGUCAAAAUGGGUGGGCGUCGGUGCAAGCUGUCUGCUGUGGUAUGUUUGACUCGUGCUCGAUGUGUAGCCAAUAUUUCAGCCUUUGCAGUGGAGUACCACUUUUUUUUGUCAGUGUUGACCAGCUCUCGCUGGCAAGGAUAACCUUGACAAAAACUUUGGGUAAACUGAAACGAAUAGGCACUUCGUUCUUCGCCGCUGCUUAUUUUAUUUGGAGCUGCAGGUGAACAGGGGUGUGUAAUAGUCUCGUGUGUAAUAAUCGAAGAGCCAGAUUCAGGCCCAUCCACAAACAAGAGCACAAACAACACGAUCUACCACACGCCGAGCUCCGGAGAUGGACGCCGUUCCACCGGCCAGCGAGAAGCCGCACGCCGUGUGCCUGCCGUUCCCGGCGCAGGGGCACAUCACGCCGAUGAUGAAGCUUGCCAAGGUCCUCCACUGCAAAGGCUUUCGCAUCACCUUCGUUAACACCGAAUACAACCACCGGCGCCUCAUCCGCUCCCGGGGCCCCGGCGCCGUGGCGGGCCUCCCUGGCUUCGUCUUCGCCGCCAUCCCUGACGGCCUGCCCUCGUCCGAGGCCGACGCCACGCAGGACCCGGCGUCCCUCUCCUACGCCACCAAGACCAACUGCCUCCCCCACUUCAGGAGCCUGCUCGCCGGCCUCAACAGCGGCUCGGACUCGGCUGGCGUGCCGCCGGUCACGUGCGUCGUGGCGGACAGCCUCAUGAGUUUCAGCAUCGACGCCGCCAAGGAGCUCGGCGUGCCGUGCGCGCUCUUCUGGACGGCCAGCGCCUGCGGCUACAUGGGCUACCGCAACUUCCGCCCCCUGAUCGACCAAGGCAUCAUCCCCCUCAAAGAUGAAGAGCAAAUGACGAACGGGUUCAUGGACACACCGGUGGACUGGGCGCCCGGCAUGAGCAAGCACAUGCGGCUGAAAGACUUCCCCAGCUUCCUCCGCACGACUGACCCCCAAGACACCCUCAUGACCUUCCAGCUGCACGAAGUGGAGCGCGCCGAGGCCGCGGACGCCGUCGUCAUCAACACCGUCGAAGAGCUCGAGCAGCCGGCGCUGGACGCGAUGCGCGCCAUCAUGCCGGCCGUCUACACCAUCGGCCCGCUCAACCUCCUCGCCGACCAAAUCGCCCCCAGCGAAGGACCCCUCGACACUGUAAGCUCCGGCCUGUGGAAAGAAGACCACGCCUGCCUCGAGUGGCUCGACGGCAAGAAGAAGCCCCGGUCCGUGGUGUACGUGAACUUCGGGAGCGUCACCGUGAUGAGCGGCCAGGAGCUGGCGGAGUUCGCGUGGGGGCUCGCGGACAGCGGCCACGACUUCCUGUGGAUCGUCCGGCCGGACAUCGUGAAGGGCAGCGAGGCCGCGGCGCUGCCUCCGGGGUUCCUGGAGGCGACCGAGGACAGGGGCCUCCUGGCGAGCUGGUGCGACCAGGAGGCCGUGCUGCGGCACGGCGCCGUGGGCGCGUUCCUGACGCACAGCGGGUGGAACUCCACGGUGGAGGGCCUCUGCGGCGGCGUGCCGAUGCUGUGCUGGCCCUUCUUCGCCGAGCAGCAGACCAACUGCAGGUACAAGUGCGUCGAGUGGGGCGUCGCCAUGGAGAUCGGAGACGACGUGCGGCGGGAGACGGUGGCCGGGAGGAUCAAGGAGGCGAUGGGUGGUGGGGAGAAGGGGAGGGAGAUGAGGAAGAAGGCAGCGGAGUGGAAGGACGCUGUUGUUCGGUCCAAGGCGAGGUCGUUGGCGAAUCUUGAGGCGCUGAUCCAAAAUGUGCUGCUCUCUGGUCAGAAAAAUUAGUGCUCCCUGCGUUCAUAAAUAUUUGUCACUGUUUUAUUGUGCACGAGGCGUGACGAUGUUUUCCCUUUCUUUGUCUCUCCUUCUUCGUCUCUCCUUGGCAUUUGAUGAUCCAUAUGACCAUAUGCACUUUCCACAUAGAUUUUGGACGAUCCCUGUGCCAAGACUUAACUCUUUUUGUUCGAUAAAGGCCAGAACUUAACUUGGCAAUGUAUAAA